UGAUGGAUAAUAUACCACAAGCAUAGUAUUAUGUUUCAUUAUCAUUUUAAGGAAGAAAUAUGUUCUUACAGACAUAAUGAAAAAGAGAAAGCAUUAAUCAAGUCUAAAUGAAGAGAGAGCACGUUAAAUAAAGGAGAGAAUUCUCAAAAAAAAAUAAAAGACUAAGGAUUUUAUUCAUCCUGAAAAGUUUGUAGAUAAAUAUCGUAAAUAAUAAACAGCAUAUUCUUAUUUCAAAAGAAAAGUAUUCUCUUUAUAUAACUUAAAUAGGAACGUAAAUAGAAUUUAGAAACACUUGAUGUAAAAUCUAUUCCAAUUAAUAAAACAUUACUUGUGGUGAGAAUUAGAGGGUAUAAAAUUUUAACUAGAUUAUUUUAGUGUUAAAGAUAUCUCUAACAAACAAGAAAAAAUACUGAAGGAAUUCAGAUUAAACAAGGUUAAUACAGCUGUAUUUGUGAAGACAACUGUAGAUAUUUGGAAGAAGUUAAAAUUAGUUGAAAAUUAUAUAACUUAUGGGUAUUGAUUCCAAAUUUAUUUAGAUUACCAACAAGAUAAAUUAUCAAUGAUUUAAUUGUCAAAAGAGGACACAUAAUGAAAGAAAAAGAAAUUAUUGCAUUAAAAUCAAAUGAAAUCAUAGAAGAAUAUAUGAGUGAAAAGGAUAUUAUUUGUGUUGAAGAUAUAGUAAAUACAAUUGCAAAUGCAUCAGAGAAUUUUGAUUUUGUUACUAAAUUCUUAGUGUAUUUUAUUUUAAUAAUUAUUAGACCAUUAAAAUUAAAUCAUCCAGAAGGAUAAUUAAAAAGUGGUAAAAUUAAAAAACCUUUGACAAAACAAGGAGAAUGGGGUUAUAGAGAGGAAAGAAUAAAUAACCUUGUAGAAAACAUGAUUUGA